AUGUCUAACAUAUCACUGCCAGUGAAAUCAUGCCAUACAAGAGAGAUAAUAAACGGUUUGUUUCUGAGCGUUCAACCAAAUCCUACACUUGAGCUAACAUGCUUAUUAGAGGAAACCAUCACCUCACCAGAAAAAUCAUAUAGCGUGCCUAGUAACGAUCAAGGCGAUGACCGCCGUUCUUCUGAAAGUCAAUCAAGUACAUCUUCUCCCUGGAGUUGCUGUCAUACUGAAUCGAAAACCGUGGUGGCUUUUAAGCCACAUGAUCCAGAUCACCCUAACAAUUGGUCGAAGUUUUGGAAAAUCUUUGUGCUUGUUACUGGUGCCAAUGAGGUCAUGAAUAGCACUGUCGGGUCCUCAGUCACAGGCGGAGCCACAAAAGCAAUUGCCCAAGAAUUUAGCGUGACAAAUCAGCAGAUCCUUGUACUACCGAUUUCUAUGUUCCUCGUUGGUUAUAUCCUGGGUCCUCUGUUGUGGGGCCCCUUAUCGGAGGCUAAGGGACGAAGGUCUCCUUUAUUGAUAGCUUUUCUGUUAUAUACCGUUUUCAUGAUGGCAUCUGCCCUGGCAAAGUCGUAUCCGUCUUUGCUUAUCUUCAGAUUACUCGAUGGAAUGGCUGCUUCUGCGCCUAUCGCUGUCGUUGGCGGCAUCUAUGCCGAUAUAGAGGCAGAUCCGACGGCUCGUGGUCGACUCAUGGCGUAUUACAUGACGGCUACAACCAUAGGACCCGUCCUUGGGCCUCUAGCGUCAGGUUUCCUCGUGAGUUAUGGCUGGAGAUCAUGUUUCUGGUUUGGUCUUGCGUAUGCAGGCAUUAGUCUACCUACGGCUCUUCUGAUGCCUGAAACGUACGCGCCUAUAAUUCUUCAACGAAGAGCUAAGAGGCUACGGAAAGAGACGGGCGAUUCAAAUAUAGUGUCGCCGUUGGAUCUCGAUAGCCGAGGUUUUAAACGAACACUCGCUAUCAACUUGGCACGGCCAUUGCGAAUGUUGUUCUAUGAGCCUAUCACAUCCUGUUCUUGCUUAUACCUCGCCCUCACCUACGCAAUAUUCUAUCUUUACUUUCAGGCCUAUCCAUUGGUUUUUCAAGGUAUCUACGGAAUGAGCCCAGCUAAAUCUGGCCUUUGCUUUCUUCCAAUCGGCGUCGGCGCGGUAGUUGCUUGCAUGAUCUUCAUCUGGUACGACCGGUUCUUAUCCCGAGCCAAAGCCCGGAAUGCGAAAUGGGCAUAUAUUGAAGAAUACCGUCGUCUUCCCCUUGCUUGCCUCGGGGGGCCACUAUACGUUGUAGCUAUCUUCUUCAUGGGUUGGACAGCUUUUCCCAACGUUCACUGGUCGGUUCCUGCAUUGUCAGGAAUUCCGUUCGGGGCCGGGUACUUGUUGAACUUCAUGGCUAUGGCCAACUACAUGGCGGACGCCUACGAGACCUACUCUGCUAGCGCUAUGUCUGCAUCCGCUUGUACACGGAGUAUUCUGGGGGCUAUGUUGCCGUUAGCGACCAAGCCAAUGUUCGAUCGCCUUGGGGUAAAUUGGGCAUAUACUCUUGUUGGAUUUUUGAGCCUUGGGGUCACAGUAAUUCCAUUUGUCUUCAUUCGGUACGGCGUUCGUAUCCGAGAGAGCAGCAAGUUCUGUCAAGAGCUCAAGCGGUUAAAGGCGGCCGAUGCUCGGGGGCCACAAACAGAUCGAAGCGUGGGAAGGUCGGGUGAGGUAUCUGUGAUUCAUGUUGAGCCCAAGGAUCUAGAGAAUCAGAAUGGUCGGUAG